AUGACACCAGCUGAGCUCCAGGAGUUGAAGUCUCAGUUACAGGAGUUAGUGGAUCUUGGGUUCAUCCGACCCGGUGUUUCUCCGUGGGGAUACCAUCAGGUGAGGAUCAGGGAAGAAGAUAUUCCUAAGACCGCCUUUAGAACGCAGUAUGGUCAUUAUGAAUUUCUGGUGAUGCCUUUUGGACUGACGAAUGCUCCAGCAACGUUUAUGGAUCUCAUGAACAGAGUGUUCCGACCAUACUUGGAUCACUUUGUGAUUGUGUUCAUAGACGAUAUCUUGGUUUACUCCCAGACUUUGGAAGGGCAUAAGAAACAUCUAAGAGUAGUAUUCCUCGAACAUGUAAUUUCAGCUGAAAGGAUUUAUGUGGAUCCACAAAAAGUUGAAGCUAUUGUGAAUUGGGUACAACCCACAAGUGUGACAGAAAUACGGAGUUUUCUGGGAUUGGCAGGCUACUAUCGGCGAGUUGUGGAAUGGUUUUCUUCGAUAACAGCACCUCUCACGCGGUUGAUAAGGAAAGAUGUUACAUUUGAUUGGACAGAAGAGUGUGAACAGAGUUUUCAAGAAUUAAAGAUGCAAUUAACCACCACACCUGUCUUGGCUCUUCCGGAUAAUUCAGAAAAUUUUGUGAUCUACAGUGAUGCAUCUUUACAAGGCUUGGGAUGUGUUCUGAUGCAAUAUGAUCGGGUGAUUGCUCAUGCCUCAAGGCAACUCAAGAAGCAUGAGCAGAAUUAUCUUGUCCAUGAUUUGGAAUUUGUUGUAGUAGUGUUCUCUCCCAAGAUUUGGCGGCAUUACUUGUAUGGCCCAGCUAAUGUGGUUGCAUAUGCACUGAGUAGAAAGACUAUUGGAAGUUUAGCUCAUCUCAGAAUGGCAUAUCUUCCGUUGUUAGUGGAACUACGGAAGGAUGGAGUACAGUUGGGAAUAACUCAACAGGGUGGAAUUUUUGCUAGCUUACACGUGAGACCAAUUCUGGUGGAGCGGGUAAUUGUAGCCCAGUUGGGAGAUCUAACACUUUGUAGAAUAAGGGGAGAAGUGGAAAAUGGUACCCAAAAGGAUUAUGCAAUAAGGGGAGACGGAGCAUUGGUAACAGGAACUCAUCUCUGUGUACCUAAGAAUAAUGAUCUGAAAAGAGAAAUCAUGGAGGAAGCUUACUGUUCCACUUACACUAUGCAUUCGUGGGAACGCAUUACCAUGGAUUUUGUUUUCAAGCUUCCCCGUACUUUUAAGGGACAUGAUGGAAUUUGGGUGAUAGUGGAUAGACUCACCAAGUCAGCCCAUUUCCUACCCAUCAAGGAGACUUAUUCUUUGACGAAGUGGGCAAAAAUCUUUGUGGAUGAGAUUGUGAGAUUACAUGGAGCAACUGUGUUCAUUGACUCCUAUUAUUGGAAUGAGGUGGGUGAUAAGAAAUUGGAAAGAGUGGAUAGUACCCGAGCAACAACCGAGAAGGUGAAGAUGACUAAAGAGAAGCUGAAAACCUCACAAGACCAACAGAAGAGUUAUGCGGAUAAUAGGUCAAAGGAUCUUGAGUUUGCAGUUGGGGAUUGGGUGUUUUUGAAGUUAUCUCCUUGGAAGGAUGUAAUGAGAUUCGGGAAACGUGGGAAGUUAAGCCCUCGUUAUAUUGGACCUUAUGAGAUCACUGAGCGCAUGGGAGCCUGA